GAGCAGUGUCUCCAGGACCCCGUCCCCCUCUCGCCGGGCAGCAGGUGGGCUGGUGCCUGGGGACCCGGGACCCGCAGCCCGCGGGGGGUGGCCAAGGCGCCCCUGGGGAGAGGGGAGCGCAGGGCCGGCUCCAGCCCCGCUGACUCUGCCCAAUGAGAGCCCGGAGCGCGCUGGAGCUGUCAAUAUUUCUAGGCUGCCCCCACGCCCGCAGCCCCCGUGUGUCCGCAGCCCCCGCGCCAGCAGCUCCAUGGAGUCCGCCCCUUCCCCGCUCGGGAGCCGGCCCGCGCUGGGGGCUUAGCCCGGCUGCAGGUGCCCCCCGCGGGCGGCGCGUCCCCAAGCCAGCCGGUGCGCCCGGGCGCAUGGAGCAGCCCUCCUGCCCUCGCCUGCUUCCCGCUGCCCCCGCAGCCGCGGAGAGGGGGACCUGCCAAGCCGCGCUCGGCCCCACGGACGAGGCGGAGCCUGGCUGCCCCGGGAGGAGUGAGGGGGGCCGGCCCCGUCCCGCGCCCCGAGGGAAGCUGGAUAAAACUUGCCCCCGCUCUUUCUCUGUCUCGAGAGCCGCCCUGGGGAAGCGAUGCUGAGCUUAAGCCGCGGGGAAGGCGCUGCUAGGAUUCCCUGGGCCCCCCGGGCCCCCUGCUGCAGCCAGCUCCCGCGGACGGCGGCCCCCGCCGAGGGCACGAAUGCCAGCUCCCGGCUCUGCUUCGCGGUGGUGUUGGUGCUGCUGACGCUCACGCCCGGAGUGGACUCGUCGUGGUGGUACAUCGGGGCACUGGGGGCAAGAGUGAUCUGCGAUAACAUCCCUGGAUUAGUCAACAAGCAACGGCAACUCUGCCAGAGGUACCCCGAUAUCAUGCAGUCAGUCGGGGAGGGAGCGAAAGAGUGGAUCCGGGAAUGCCAACACCAGUUCCGGCACCACCGCUGGAACUGCAGCACGCUGGAUAGAGACCACACAGUCUUCGGGAGAGUCAUGCUACGCAGCAGCAGAGAGGCGGCCUUUGUCUACGCCAUCUCCUCGGCCGGGGUCGUCUACGCUAUCACCCGGGCCUGCAGCCAAGGGGAGCUGAAAGCCUGCAGCUGCGAUCCCCUCAAGCGUGGCCGCUCCAAGGACGAGCGAGGGGAGUUCGACUGGGGCGGCUGCAGUGACAACAUCCACUACGGGAUCAAGUUCGCCAAGGCCUUUGUGGACGCCAAGGAGAAGAAGGUGAAGGAUGCCCGGGCGCUGAUGAACCUGCACAACAACCGCUGCGGGAGGACGGCUGUAAAGCGAUUUCUGAAGCUGGAGUGUAAAUGCCACGGAGUCAGCGGCUCCUGCACCCUAAGGACUUGUUGGCUGGCAAUGUCAGAUUUUCGAAAAACUGGGGAUUACCUUAGGAAGAAAUACAACGGGGCCAUCCAGGUGACAAUGAACCAGGAUGGCACCGGCUUCACCGUGGCCAACAAGAACUUCAGGAAACCCACCAAAACAGACCUGGUAUACUUUGAGAACUCUCCUGAUUACUGUGUGAUGGACAAGUCAGCAGGUUCCCUGGGGACGGCAGGUCGUGUGUGCAAUAAGCUGUCCCGUGGGACUGAUGGCUGUGAGGUCAUGUGCUGUGGCCGGGGCUAUGACACCACCCGCGUCACGCGUAUCACCAAGUGCGAGUGCAAGUUCCACUGGUGCUGCGCUGUGCGCUGCAAGGAGUGCGAGGACACUGUUGAUGUGCACACGUGUAAAGCACCGAAGCGGGCCGAGUGGUUAGACCAAACAUGAGGAGACAGGAACCAGAGAGGGAAAAACAAACUCACGCACGACCUGUGCUCCAUGGGCCAUGGCAUUCCGGGAGCUGUAGUUCAGCUGCAUGGCUUUUAUUUAAUUAAUUGUGCAAAGCACUAAGGACAGGACUACAUUUCCCAGGAGAUACUGUGGACCCUUCCAACUUGCUCAGCAAAACUAUCCUCUUCCCUAGAAGGAGUCUGCAAUCAUUGCUUAAACUGUGAAGCUUUCUCUGCUCAUUGUCAUCUUGCAAAAGGUCAGUGCAGCUGCUUACGAACUUGAGACCGAUCAUCGGAAUGUGAGUGACUGGUCCCUGCGUGUCCCUAAAGAAUUUUGUUGCUAUAAAUUAAAUUUCACCAGGAAACCAAAAAAAACCCCAAACCACCAUCACCAACCUAGAGCGAACAAUGAAAUCCUUGCAGAAAGCUCUCUCUCUUUGCUUUGUUUUUAGCAAGGCCCAAGGAAGGAUGUUGCAAAGCCUAAGGAAGCUCAAUGUCUCAAACAGACCCAGCACGUUAAUGCACAGCUGCACUAUAGACAUAAGAUGACAAGAGCAACUCUUUGUAAGUGGACUUUUCUUCCACUCCUCAAUGAAGAUGACAGGCAGAGUUGCAAAUUGUCACCCAAAAUCUGAAUAACUGCUAAAGGAAAAAAAUAUCCAUAGAGCGAGAGAGAAAGAGAGCAAAGAGUCUGUGAAGAUACUGGUAGGUGUUAAAGUAAACUAAUAUAACAGUGGCUCUUUGUAAAACUCAUUGUAUGUUGUGUAUACUGCUUUAUUAUUUUAAGAUAAAAUUCAUUAUAAACUUAUAUCAGAAACCA